AUGGUGAACAAUUAUCCAAAUCAGAACAAUCGUAAUAAUAGCAAUAGCAACAAUCAACAAAAUUCGGCACAACGUUUUUACGACCAACCAACGGAUAUGCAGUACAAUGAUAGUAAUAACCAUCAUCAACGACAAAUUCGUUUAGUUCCUCCACCAUCGAGAAAGAAUAUGGAUCAUGUAGAUUCACCACGUACACCCGGUCGACGUACUCGUUCUGAACUCAAUGAUGACGAUGAUUUCCAACAGGACGUACAAAAUAAGAAACAAAGACAACGAAGUACUGAAGUUGAAUUCGAUAAUCAAUGGGAGAAUCGACAACGAAGCCACAAUGAGGAUAAUUCACUUCUACAGCAACAACAAUAUCAUCAUCAACACCAACAAAUACAAAUAAAUGUUACCAACAAUGAUAACAAUAAUCCUAGUCCACCUCGUCCGACACAACAACAUGAACAAAAGCAACAGCACCCACAGCAGCAACGCUUCUCAUUAAGAACAACCGAUGCCCGUACAAUUGCUCAUGAAAAUAGAAGUAAUCAACAAAGUAACAGAAUCACAUCGGAAUCGGCUCGUUAUGCUCAAACUCGAUUUCCAUUUCAACCCUUCAUCAUUAGAUUCUCAUCCGGAAAGGUAAAAGAAAAACAAGCUGCACAGGAAUUGGUAAAACAUUAUAAAGAUAUUCAGCAUACAGAUAUGUCAAUUGCUCAUAUACGUCAGUCUACAUUAAAAUGCCAACAAAACGAUUACGAUUUAUUAAUUUAUGUAAAAGAUUCUCUAUCAUUUAUCACAUUAUUUGAUCAACAAAACUGGCCGAAGAAGAUUGAUGGCAUGGAUUUCACGUUUCCUUCUACUCCUUCUUUUCCACCACAACUUGCAUUCAUCAUCAAAAAUGUUGACUUACAAAUGAAUAUGGACGAUUUUACGAACGAGGUAAAAACCACCUACCCCGAAAUACAUAAUGUUAUUCGGUUAAAAAAUAAAUUUCAAAAUAAUAUUAAAUUGAUUAAAAUUGAAAUUCUAUCGUCAAUGAAACGUGAAGAAAUUCUAAACAAAGGUAAAAUUAUUGUACAAAGUAUGACAUAUGAUGUUGAAGCGUAUUUAGCACCGGCCGAUGUUUUGAUCUGUUCAAAAUGUAUGGGUAUAGGACAUUUUAGAAGACAAUGCACAGAAGCAGAUGAAACAUGUAAAGUAUGUGGUACAUCCUGUCCUGAUCUGCGUCAACAUAAAUGUUCAACAGUUAUAAAAUGCAUUCAUUGUGACGGUGAUCAUCAUUCAAAUGCAUUAAAAUGCCCAAUCGUAAAAAGCUAUCGUUCGACAUUAACAAAAAAGCUUCUAUCGGUAAAUCGUCCGCCACCGCCACCUUCUGCAUGGUCAAAUAAUAAUAAUAAUAAUGGUAAUGCUAAUAUUAAUAAUAACUAUCAACAUAAUUGGUCAGAUUAUCCUCAACUGCCACCACCACAACAACAGAACAUACCAUAUUCUGCAGUCAGUAACGAAAUGAUUAACAAAAUUGGAGAACUGAUUGGUUCAAUGCAGAAAUUUAAUGAUACACUUAAAAGAAUAGAGAAGAAAAACCAAGACUUUGAACAAUUUAUCGUUGACAGUAAAAACAAUGAUGCUAGCCUAUUCAAGAAACUCGAUCAACUAAACGAAAAAGACAAGGAUUACAAGAAAGUUCAUACACAACAUGAUAUUAAAUUAACGAGACAUGAAAAUGUAUUUACAAAAUUAGUACUGCCGAUGUUAGAUGAAAUUGCAAAAUUUAUGGUUAACAUAAAUGUUGAUAUAAAUCGUGGUGUAUUAAAUGCAGAUUUUCAAGUAACAAUUAAUCGAAUGCGUGCACAAUUGAACAACGUAAGUUUAAACAAAGACUUCUGA